CAGAGUCAGUAUUUCGUGGUAUUUCGUCAUGACUCGACGGGAACAGCAGCGAGGGCGGAAAGGUGUAGGUUAUCGAAUGAAAUCGCAAGUUAUAUGAACAGUGGUCAUUUGGCUAAAGUGUUCGUUCGAGGAUUACUGAACGCUUUAUUCAAGAAAGAAGAAUUAGAUGCCAACAGUUACGUACAAAUACAUGUAUACUUAUGUAUGUAUAUACAUAGGUAUAAUAUCGGCCCGCAUAUCUUUACUCAGUAUGAUACGUUGAGCGACUCUGAUGUCAGCAUUCAACAGCAAAAUUUGCAAACUGUUCAGAGGUUACAUCAGGAGAGCAGCCUGCUGGAAUUCCAUCAUCGUCUUAGUAAUCAGUUUGGGGCCGCGGGAUUUCCUCUACCAAAUUGUCAUCAUCAGCAGCAUGGCGGAACAGGAUCAUCUGCAGCCGUUUUACCAUUUUUACAUCCCUUUAUGAGGCCUCCUUUAUCUUCUCAGCAAUUAAAUCACUUGAUUCCUGGUCAUGAAACUCAACAAGGACAUAGCCACGUCCAACAGCAUGAAACCAAUUCCCAAACAAUAGCUUUGUCUCCUAUAUGGUCCACUGCGGCGGUGGCGGCUGCUCAUAUACAAGCCGCACUGGCAGCGGCAGCAGUUGCCGCCGCCAGUAGCAAUAGAAUCUCAAAGGAUAAAGAUCACCAGCUAUUCAGCGCAAACUCUAAUAUAAUGGAUAUCUCAUCUCUGCAAACUGGAGAGAGCGAAGUGGAGGCUAAUGCGCCUGCUUCUAGGCCCAUAACUCCACCGUAUGAAAGCCAAUCUAUUGAGAUUCUCUCAUAUAGUCACAAUACACCUCCGGAGUCCCCGCAUGGUCGAACCUACACUAGCGCCAUCGGAACUAUUCCCAGUAUUUUUGAGGAAAGUUCUUCACACUUUCCAUCACCACCAUUGCAUAAUCAGAAUAAUGCAAGCCAAUUUGAAUCAACACAAGAGUCUGAGAUAGACACUCCACUUAACCUAAGUAAACCUAAGGGAUCUUCCAGUUCCUCGCCUGCAAGUCCAUGUCAAAAAGAUCAAAUUGAAAGCCUUACUUCUGUUAUAUCCAACCUGCCCCUAAGCUGGAAACAAGGUUCUGGCCAACAUCGACCGCAUUUUACCGAUAUAGAGCCACCUCUUAUUAAAAAUCAUGGGCGCGUGUGGAACAAUACUGUUGUAGGACCAACGAGUGCACGUGCGUUGCGUUUAAGUCGCGAUUCUAUAAAUAGUUGCGGAACGAAUUCAGAACGAUCGACGGCUUUGGAUCAAGAAAGUCUUAGCCCAAGCCCGAAUUGUACAAUCGCCUCUCCUUCAGCAUCACAUCAACUAAGACAAGGAAAUGGCCAUAAUGUUGGACAUGGACUUGGAAAACCUCAUAUUAAAAGGCCUAUGAAUGCGUUUAUGGUGUGGGCAAAAGAUGAACGUCGCAAAAUUUUGAAGGCAUGUCCAGACAUGCACAACUCAAACAUAUCAAAAAUUUUGGGUGCUCGCUGGAAGUCAAUGUCCAAUGCUGAUAAACAGCCUUAUUAUGAAGAACAGUCACGUUUGUCGAAGCUUCAUAUGGAACAACACCCGGAUUACCGAUACAGGCCUCGACCUAAACGCACAUGUAUUGUUGAUGGAAAAAAGAUGCGCAUAUCAGAAUACAAAGUCCUAAUGCGUAAUCGCCGAGCUGAAAUGAGACAGCUUUGGUGCCGUACGGGUGUAUCAUGUGCAGUCACAACAGAAAAUACUUGUACUGAUAUCUGUUUAAAUGAAAAUGACGAAAAAUCAAAUACUCAGGCGUUGACAGUAGCCACAGCAUAUCAUUUACAGGAUGUGAGCCACAGGGUUGCAGCAAAAGAUGCAGACCCUGAUAAUGACUGUGGGCAUUCGUCUACCCAACAGUUCUUUUAUCCCCCUGAAAGCUCUUCACCUUCAGGGUUUUCAUCCGAUGGAGUGGACGUGUCCUCCCAGCGUGAUUUGGAUGAGUAGCUGGACAUUUUCAAUGUAAAGAAUCGGUUUUUAUUAUGGAAUUAUCUAUGUAAAGCAUAAAAGGCAGACGGGAAAUUUUCGGAAAAUUAUAAGCUUUGUAAAUAGAAAUACAGUCUUUGAUUACAUAAUAAGUUUCAUUUCAAGUGCCAUUACACAAACAUAAAAAUAAAUAGAUAAUUUGUGAAUCGAUUGUUCACAAGACUUUCAGUCUGAGAACAUUGCAAUUUUUGUGCCAUUUAAGCGCCAAUGCUGUAGCCAUAACCAUAAACAUAAAUAAGUAGUUAGUUAUGUUUAAUAUUUGUAAAUUAUACAAAUAAAAGGAAGAAUAAAAAAAAAUU